UAUCAUAGGUCCAAAGUAGGAAUCUCGUCUGAUGGGCGUACUAAACCCGGGGAUCGAUCUAUGUGUGACAGUGACAUACGGAACCGAACGAUUUUUUCGGGAAAAUAUUGAGAAUAUUUACUACGCGGAACCAAGCGGUUGAGCCAUAUCUACCUCUUAUAGUCCUGUUCCCAUACCUUUGCCAAUUUUACGUCUAGAUCGACGCUGUUCACAAUUUGGCAUUGAUCUUGAUGGCGACAGCGACCUACAGUCCCGAGUACCUGGCCGAGUCUAGGACAACGGUCUUGAAUAUAUUUUACUCCAUCCCUAUCCCCCUCGAGAUUUUUAGCACCGCUUUCAGGCUAUGGGUUAAAGCUAGACCUUCGUCACAAGGUCGUCUGGCUUUUGACGAUUAUCUCAUGGUUUGGGCUACAAUGGUCGCCGUAGCAGAAUGUAUCGCUGGCUUGGUCUAUGGGGCCCCUAACGGCCUCGGACGUCACAUUCAAGCAGUACCACUGGAAUAUCGGCAGAAGUUCCUAAUGGGCGACUACAUUUUUAGCCAUUUCUACGACGUCGCCAUCGCCAGCACCAAACUUUCAAUCUUGGCAUUGUAUUACCGAAUAUUCGCAGUAUACAGGUUUCGCAUUGUAGUUAUUAUCACUGCGAUUUUCGUGCUUAUGUGGCUUGUCGCCAUGGAAAUCGUACUGGGUCUAGGAUGUCAACCUGUCCAAGGCUGGUGGGAUGCAUCAAUAGCCGCCACGGCUUCAUGCGUGAAUAAAGUCGCAUUCACAUAUUCCACCAACAUCACAAACCUGAUCACCGACCUAUGGAUAUUUGCUAUGCCAAUACCAAUCAUUUUUAAUUUGCAAGCCACGCUGAAUAAAAGACUAGCUCUAUGUCUACUAUUUUCGAUAGGUCUGGGAACGUGCGCCCUCAGCGCUGCUCGUCUGUCUGUUAUCGUCUCGGUGGGGUCCGAUGAUAUUACAUGGAAGGAAGUUCCUCUAGGAAUCCUGUCGGCCUGGGAACCGUGCGGUGGCAUAUUAUGCGCGAACUUACCUUUAAUUUACAGAGCCUUAGUUCGAGGUAUCAAACAAAUUCAUUCGACAGUCAGGUCAUCCCGAACUCGUAGUCGACACGUUAGCGCGCGGCCCAAUUCGCCAUAUCUCGAUUGGACUCGACUUCACGACGGUGCUUCUAGCAACAACUGUACCACGUCAAAAGUCACCGUCACUCGAGGCUUAACAGACCAGACUGAAAUGGACACGAUUAGACCAAACGGGAUCAAGGUUCAGCGUGAUAUUAAGCAAGAGUUCCACCGGGAAGAUUCGGAUAAAAUUUCAGAUAAAAUGUUCAGUUAAGGCAUCACGACAUAGAGCUUAUGAGUAUGGGUCAUGCAAGAAAAUGGUUGCCAAGUUUUUAUAAUUCUUCGGUAUUCUAAAGGCUAUGUCCAA